AUGUUCCUUAAUGUCAGCAUGCAGGGCACUCCACUUCUGCCAAAUCUACAUCUUCCUCCAGCUCCACUGCCCCAUUGUGAUAGAUCGGCAUACAAGAAGGUAUGGUUUUGGACAGAAAAGGAGUACAAGGACUGGAAGGCCACUGUGGAGGGACAAGCCAUAAUUUCUAAAUCACAGACAGCAUACCUAGAAGAUGAGGAUGGCAAGCAGCUACCUGAGAAGCAUGUCAGCAAAAUUCUCUCGACAAUGCAUGAGAUCUGGCAUGACCUCUGCUGCCAAGGCCAGAUCAAUGCCAACAUGACAUGGACAUCAAUGCCAUUAUCCAUCAAGAAGAUAUUUUGUACUGAAAUUGCUAGUGCACAUCAUGAGCUUGCCCUUUGUGAAGACUUGUGGAAAGCUGAUAACCUAGCCAAGCAGUACUAUGUGUUGUACAAACAGACUUGGUUUACAAAUAAGGACAAGAAGUCUAUUCCCAGCAAGUGCAAAGCAGAUGCAAAGUUGGAGACAACUGAUAUUGACAACAAGCAUACCAAAGUUGACACAGGUUUACCCGAAGACAUUUCCUUUGAUGCAGAAAUCAGUCCUUUAUCUGUGUCACCAUUGGCUGAUGUUUCUUCAGAUUUUUUGGAGGCAUCUACCAGUACUUUGAACCCCAAGUCAAACCAUAGUGGCUUUUUCAAGCCAAAAGACUUCACUUGCAUACAGGACAUACUGAUAUCUUUGGCUUGGGUCAUCUGCACCAUUGAACCACUUGGGCCUCCCACUACUUCCCCAGCCAAGCAUGUUGGCUUGUCCGUAUCUCAAAUGGUUGUUCCAACAGUCACUCCAAUGAGUGAAUCAGUUUUCCCCCCUCCACAGACUUCCCCUGCAGAGGCCAAUGGCACUGCUGAUGUCACUAACACCAUAACUGUUCUGCCCCCUUCACAGCCUUUGUCCAUAGUUACUGGUGACCUGACAUCAACAGCUUCCAAGACACUCAGACCAAGCAAGAAGAAGGCUUGGUGCCCUGGGUCAAACAAAAGCACACAGACACUGUGUGCCCACUGGUGGCUCAAGACAGUUUCUCCAAAUGGCACACAGGAGGAGUUGAAUACAUAUUAUGAUCAACUUCCUACAGAGACAAAGGAGAAAUACAAAGAGGAAUACAGGAAACUUGUUGACACCAGUGUUUGGACAAAUAGCACUGCAGAGAUGAUUGCGAAGUUUUCUGGCAGUAUGGUGUACUAG